GCCCCGGCGCCGCCGGUGCCGUGGGUGACGGUCAACGCGGCGGGCGUGGGCCAGACCAUCACGCCGAGCGUGGUGACGGCGGACGGGGCGCGGUCGACCAUCUCGCAGGCGCCCGACUACCUACUCGCGACGGGCACGUACACGCUAACGCCGAGCGGGCGCGUGUCGACGUACACGGGGCUGCCGCCCGUGGCGACGGCCACGGGCUACAGCAACGACGUGGGCGCCUUCCUCGCCUGCACGCUGAACCAGGGCUACGACGAGCCCUUCUGCCAGCCCAAGUCCGGCUCCACGCUGUAUCCAGGGCAGACCUACUACGUGACGUGGGCGCCGACCUUCUUCGGCGAGAACCCCGACGGGGCGGUGGCGCUCAACAUUGAGGUGCAGGGGACGGCGAACGGCAUCCUGAUCCACAGCGUGCCGGCCAGCCAGGGCUUCUACGCGUGGAAGAUCGAGUCAGACUUCUUGGCGCCGUACAAGGCGGUGGCGCUCAACAUCACCUUCAUGCUGCAGCAGGACGACAUAUCGACCCCCGACGAGAACGACUUCACGGUGCAGAUUGGGCCGACAGUGACGGUCGCGACGGCGGGCAUGGGGGCGUCGGGGGGCAGUUCGGGGACGAGCGCCGUGGUGAUCGCGGUGCCAGUUGUGGUGGGGCUAGCGGUGCUGCUGGUGGCAGGGCUGUGCGUGUGGUCGUUCCGGCGCCACGGCACGCUGCCGCUGGUCGGCACGCUCGGCGGCGGCAUCAAGAGGCGGUCGAGCGGGUACGGGGUGCGGCAGAGCCGGUCGGAGCGCGUCGGCGCAGGCGAUGCGGCGGCUGGUGUCGGAGGCAUACGCAGCGACAAGCCUGACGCCCGUGUCGGCGGCAUCCAGCUCACCGACCGCGACAGCUGGUCACCCACCGCCCCGAGCCACCCCAAGCUAGGCGAUGCCUCCAUCGGUCAGGGCCGCAACGUCUUCCGCGAAGAGCUGCAGAGGCAGGAG